GCUCAGAUUACUGACCUAGACCGCGUACUUGAACUUGCCGAAGAAGGACGGUUGUCUGUGUAAUGUUAAUUUCUCGCUUCACUCCUGUGAAGCCUUCACAUGAUACAAAACAUUAUCCAUAGGUGCCAUUGAAGACCCCGACCCACAGCCACAUAUUUUUUACCCGCGCAAACAGAAACACAAUCAUCAUGUUCGUGUUCCCGGUUGUUCCGAAAAAUACUCUCACUCAGCGGGAGGUGUGCGCGGGGGAAGUCGUAUCCGAGGACCUUUUUGAUCGGUCCCAUUCGUCUCGCAAGCAGUUCAAGCCUUUCACAGCGGCAUGGCAGGUUAUAGUUGGAAAGCAAAUGCUGCGAAGAGGAGAAGCCAAAGCCACGUGCGACGGAGAAAUCAUCUAGCGAUGUCUUGCGAGCAGCAGUGUGUAAUGGGUUUAGUAACGACGCAGACCGCGGAACACGUAGAGGUAGAUCUUCGUCACAUGAUUAAAUAAUGUUGUCCUGGUGGGUCCUACACGCCGAUCGAACAAGACCAGUGGUUGUAGCUGAAACAUGAAGUCCACCACGGAGCAGCUUCCGCACAGUUCUUCUGCGGAUGCAGGAAGCCGCUUGAACUAUGCUGGAUGGGGGGUGGACGCAUCAACUCUGACUUUGAGGCCUACCACACCAGGAGUAAACGGUGCAAGAACGGCUGGAACUCCAAAAACUCCAUUGGCAAUGAGGGCCCGCCUCACCCCAGGAGCGGGUGGAGGGGCGGGAACAGUCGCGCCAUCCCCGCUGGUGCCGCAGCAGAGAGGACAGCAAAAUGUUAUGUCAAUGAUUUCGUCCAUCCCAGUGUGGUACUUACUUACGUUUAAUAUGUAUGAGCUUCACCAGCUAGCGCUAUAAUCGCUACAAGAUCAAGAACAAGUACAACUAGGCACUUUGGACUUCUCCUGAUACUUGCCCCACCACAAUUCACAGUGCUGAAGGAAGUGAAGAUUCUAAGACCACUGCGACUCCCGGCAGGUGUGGGGAGCCAGAUCAGCAGUCGGAUUCUUCAUCUGAUGGCCCUGAACCGUUAGAGUGGCCAGAUGAGUUGAAGGCUCUUCCGCUCAUGCGCGCACACGAACAACCACUCGUAGCGAGAUCCGCUCUACCCUGGCCUGCGCCGGCAUUGCGCAAGAUGGAUAUACCUGAGUGGGAGCUGGACCCCUCGGCUGUUUUUCCACUCCUUUAUGCAUGGGCGACGUGUAACCUGAUGUGAUUUGGAUGCAUUCAAAUGGAUUUGGAUUUGUUCUUGAACUUGAAUCCGAUAAACUUCGAAUUCGAUAAGGUGCUUGUGGUCUUCGUGAUCUUCAUCAUUCUCUUUAACAGUUUUCCAUCGAUUGUCAGACACGACAGAAACGGAAUUGUCUUCGACGUCUGUCUCCUGUAGUUGUUCUUUUUUGGCUUCAUGCUGCUUGCUGAAUAAGAUUAUAGGUAGAAGUUCUUCAACUCGAGUAGGAGGAGUUUAUCUGUCUUCAUGUGAACCUUGACUUUUCGUUCCUCUAAGUCGUUGACGAGAUUCACAAGGACUCCGGUCAUUCGCAGUUCGUUGAGCGAGUAAAGGAGCUCGUUGGCGCCAGCGAUUCGAGCACAGGAGGAGGAGGAACUGUUGCUGGCGGGGAUCAUUUUCUUGGUUCAGUCUCCUACACUUUCACUCAUACAAAUACAGCUGGUGGAGCGGAUCAUACAUUUUCGCCAUUGUCGCCCAAGCACGCGCGGUCGCCAACCGAUCUGGUAGGUCUUGAGGACGUCGGUCCCGCGUCUCUUCAAGCGGGUGUGGUGGUUUACAUCCGGCCUGGCACGAUGUCGCACCUUCUACCGAAUCGGUACGUGGACCUAAUGCAGCUGACCCAGGGCGCAGACGGGGAGGUCGAGGAGCUUUGCGUGCCUCUGAUUGAGCCCCAGAGUGCAGCGGGGCGCAAACUGUGGAUCUCCUCGAACUUGGCGUUCUCUGGUGCACAGGCUCUGGCGGAUUCGCAACCGGAGAGCGCCCUCGCGGGAUGUCGCGCGUCUUUGACGGAGUCCCCCUCAACUUUGGAACAGAAGCGAAACAAACAAAAAUGCAGAAUCGAUGCUUUGCUGUACGCACAAGAGAGAGGAGGCGAUAACUCAGACCCGGAAGUGGAUGCUUACUCAUCGCCAUCGCUCUUCGGAAAGCUGAAUGUCGUUGAAAAAGCGGCACAAGCAGACAGGUUGUCGAAUUCUUCAACUUCAGCAGGUGCCGCGAGCAGCUCCUCCUCGAGUUCGAUCUUCCCUGGUGAAAGCCUAGGCAUUCCGCGAAACGUGCUGGACCGCCUGAAAGCAAACAACAGGCCCGUUUCGGCACAGGCGACAGGUAAACGCGGCAGGUCCAUGAUGGAAUCGCACCACUGGAUGGAUCGCGAGGAUCGCCCAAAGCCUCAGCGGCCCUCUACGGCUGGCGGAAACAUGACACCGCAAAGCUCGUCAGGUGGUGGCGCUUUUGGCCUCGGCAAUGGAACAGCUUCGAGUGCAACACCAGGAGGUCGUGCAGCAGGAGGGGACAAAACAGUGUCGGAGAUUUUAGCUGGACACAGCGAUAUCUACACAUCGACCUCGCCAAAAAAUACGAGUCCGCUUCGCAACACGACAGCGAAUCGAAGGAGAAACUCCACAUCUGAAGUUGACCGUCUCCUUGCCUUCGAUUCCCAUUUUGAGUCUGGAAAUUUGGCCGCGGCAGUGCUCUCACUGGUUCCAGGAUGUGGUUCUGGCACACACGUCAUACCGAAGUACGAACUCAUCCUUGACGAGGAUACGAACAGCAAUGGAAAUACGCAAUGGUUCUUCUUCGCAGUCCGGAAUGCACUAGCUGGAGAGGUAUAUCGUUGUAACUUUGUUUUUGAGACUUCUGAUUUCAUGACCCUCGUCCAUCAUCUUGUAGUUGGAGAUGGACGAGGUUAUGCAGAUGGCAAAGAUCAUAGAAAAGAUUUUCAUCAACAUUCUUCAUGAUCUCGACCUCCCAAAAACUUCAGACCAUCGAUUUUUCGAUCGUGAACCUUGGGAAGCAGGAUUCGUUGUACAAGCAGGGAAUGCGUCCACUUUGCUAUUCGCAACGCACUGCCGAGAGCAAGAAGCGUGAGGUUGACCACCUUCGACGGAAAGCCGAGCAAGAGGCCGCAAGCGGAACCGGAGCUGGGAAAGGCGGCGCCGGAAACUCGAAUGGCGCGCGGCCAAACAGCUCUGUUGGUGCGAGAGGCGGCGCGGUUGGCUGGCACCGCAACUUUCGCAAGUCGUCUGGAAGUAUUUGGCACUCCGCGGUUGGACAGCUGCUACAGCGCACGAAGACGGUUGGCGGCGGUACGAGCAAAAGCCGCCGUGCAGAGGCAGACAACGCGGCACAAAACGAACAAACUAUCCAAGAAAUCUGCAACCUGCCUGACACCGGGCCUGUGCCUCUGUGCGGGUGGACAAGGUGCGGAGAGAAAGUGACCUACGAAUCUGCCCACAUCACAAAGAAACAGAUACGGACGAAACUCCACAAGCUACGCACCGGGGACUACAUUGGUGUAGAACUCCUCAGUGACGACAUAUUGUGGAAAUACGCAACACCGGAUAGCAACUUCGUCACGGGACAGGCGUACAUAGAGGGUCCAGCUGCUGGAGGCAUGUCAUUUGGAGCCGAGGGAGCAAAUUCGUCAGGUACGACCUCUUUUCAGUUACGGUUACCGUUUAUCGUUGGAUUCCAACGGUUGGAACAGCAAUACCGAUGAAUAUACAAGAACUUGAACUUUUGUAUAAUUUGUACGACGUGAGGACGUGAGGUGCCAGCUCGUCUGGUGGUGCCUGUUGUAGGUGUUGUAGAUCUGUCUUGCACCUGAUCGUGCUGCGUAUGUAUUUUGCUUUUGUCUCGCAGAUCAUAGUGUGUGUCUUUGUCUUAGGAUAUUCGAAUCAUGAUUUCUCCCUGCCCAGUUGUUAUUGUUAUUGUUUCACGACCUACAGAGGGGGAAUCUCGCGAGGACGCUGGUAGCGCUGACCGUCGCGUUCUGCAGAGGCUGAAUUUUCGCUACACUUUCCAGCACGACAACGACACCGUUUACUUUGCGUACACCUAUCCGUACACGUUCACGCGCCUGAAUCGAUUCCUCGAAUCACUGAGCAAGGAGACUUCGUACACCACAAUGCUGUGUCGUACUUUGAGUCACAACUGGGUUGACGUUGUCACCGUCACCGAUCGAUCCAAGCCGUCUAAGGGAAAAUCCGUCAUUUUUGUCACUGCUCGGGUACAUCCUGGGGAAACGCCAGCGAGUUACAUCAUGGAAGGCUUCCUCAAGUUCCUCACGCAUCCACAUGUACUAAGUUUCUAUGGCUCCUGGGAAGUCGAACAUGAUGAAAUGUUUUGGAGAUGAAGGUUCUCAAAACCAACGACAGCAGUGUCGUGGCAUGAAUUAUGCAGAUCAUGAUCAUAGUAGAUACAUUUUAUAGCAGGGGUAGAGUCAUGAUAAUCUUGCUCUUCACGACUUAUUAACUUCUAGAUCGGUAGCUGUCUUACGUGUGUCAUCGGUUUCGAUGUUGUGACGCCUCGAAUUUUUAUCAUACUUCUACUAAUUUCUGUUACAACAUGUACUAUUAGAAAAAUCGUAAUUUGAUUAUCUAGUUUAAUCUUAACCUUCCUUUCCCCUCCAACCAUUGUAGGACAAUCAUCUUUCAACGCCACCCAUAGGAAAACAAUGAUGAAAACAAAAAUGGCGCUUCUCUGUAUAGUGAAAGCUAUACUUGCGCUUCUCUGCUGUUGCAUCAUGUUCUGAGUUCUAGGCUCAGAAAGAUUCUGUUCGUUUGAGAACAUACCAAGUUCUUUGGUAUUCCUAGGUCCGCCUCACUGUCACAACAUGAACACAUCACUAUCAGGAUAAGCGUGCCGCGGAAUUGCGUAAGUACUUCAUUUUCAAGUGCGUGCCGAUGUUAAAUCCGGAUGGUGUGGUUUGCGGCAAUUACCGGACAAGCCUUGUCGGCUGUGAUCUUAACCGGCGAUGGCGACACGACUCCAAGACUCUACAUCCGAGUAUUUGGUACACCAAGCGACUCUUGAAGCGGCUGCACAAGGAUUUCGGGAACGUAUGCUGCUUUGUCGACCUGCACGGCCAUUCCCGACGCUUGGGCUGGUUCACCUACGGAUGCACGACGCAAGAUAUGGGUACAGCUUACAACAUUUCUCAUAGUUAGACGACUGUAUGAGAAAAUAUUAAAGAGCUAAAAAAAAAUUCUACAACAACCCCUCCGAACUCUCACUCUCCCACUUCCAAACCCCAAACCCAUGAGCUUACGAAUUUACGAAUUUAUGAAUUGAUGAAUUUAUGAAAUGUGCUUGCGCGAGAUGCGUCCAUAAGUUCAUAAGUUCAUAAAUGUGCGAAUUUAUGAGUUUACGAAUUUAAGAGCUUAGGAAUUUAAGAAUUUAGGAAUUUGCGCAUUUGUGUAUUUAUGUAUUUAUGAAUUUAAAUUCCAGGGAAAGCGCUUAAAAUCAAAAAUUUUGGGAUGUUGCCCCUUCGUACUCGCAGAAUUCAACCCCAAAACGACGAAAAAAGGCAAAAAAUUUUAGAAAUUUGAAAAACGCGAACGCAAGAGGAUGGAGCUGAGGCAAAGGGCUUAAAGUCAAAAACUUUGGGAUCUUGGCGGUUCACAAUCGCGGAACUGAAUCCCAAAACUACGCAAAAAAAGCUGAAAGUUUUCGAAAUUUGAAAAACGCGAAGCCAAGUAAUUUAAUUUCAGGGAGGCAAUGGCUUAAAGUCAAAAACUUUGGGACGCACCGAAUUGAGUUCCAAAACGGCGGCAAAAUGUGGAAAAUUUUCGAAAUUUGAAGAAUGCAAAUCCAAGAGAUUGAACUUCAGAGAAGGGGCCGAAAGUCAAAAACUUUGGGGCUUUAGCUCUUCACACUCGCGGAAUUCAGUCCCAAAACGAUGCGAAAACGUGGAAAAUUUUCGAAAUUUGAAGGACUCAAAUCCAAGAAAUUGAAUCUCAGAGAAAGCGCCUAAAGUCAAAAGCUUUGGGAUCUUAGCACUUCACACUCGCAGAAUUCAAUCGCAAAACGACGACAAAACGUGGAAAAUUUUCGAAAUUUGAAAAACGGAAAUCCAAGAGAUUGAAUCUCAGGGAAAGGGCUUAAAGUUAAAAGCUUUGGGGCCUUAGCACUUCAAACGCACAGAAUUCAAUCCCAAAACGAGGACAAAACGUGGAAAAUUUUCGAAAUUCGAAGAACGCUAAUCCAGGCAAUUGAUUUGAAUCCCAGGGAAAGGCCUCAAAAUCGAAAAUUUUGGGAUCUUAGCCCUCAAACUUACGAGAUUCAAGCUCACCACGACGAAAAAACGUGGAAAAUUUUCGAAAUUUAAACGCGAAGCCAAGAGAUUGAAUCUCAGGGAAAGGGCUUAAAGUCAAAAACUUUGGGACUUUAGCACUUCAAACGCACAGAAUUCAACCCCAAAAUUGCGACAAAAUUUGGAAAAUUUUCGAAAUUUGAAGCAUGCAAAUGCAAGGCAUUGAAUCUCAGAGAAAGGGCCCAAAGUCCAAAGCUUUGGGAUCUUAGCACUUCAAACGCAUGAGAUUCAAUCCCCAAACGAAGACAAAACGUGGAAAAUUUUCCAAAUUUGGAAAGCGCGCAUCAGUUACAUCUUUGCCGUGCUUAGUUUCUUAUUUUGGGGAGGAGGGGGAUCUUAGUGGGAGGGAUGUUAUCGGACGCUCCAAGCUAGUAGGAUUAAUCUUGCGGAUGUGGAUGCUGGUGCUGCUCCCGUGGGCCUUUUUGGAAAUCAAUGACUUACUACAUCUACAUCAUUUACGAGGAACAUUAAAAAAAUAUAUUGAAGAUUUCAAUCUCUUUUCCUUUUCGUCAUCCUCAAGCACUUGCACUUACGACUACAAUUUGAUAUUUCCUCCUCCACCAAUAUCUUCCUCCAGGUAGUGGAAAUAGCCGCGAUCCCCGACUACUGCCUUUUGCGCUGCGAAGAGUAAGCAACACAUUCUCCUUGCAGAAUUCGAACUUCGCGAUGCCGGCUUGCAAGGACACAACAGCUCGCGUAACAGUUGCAACAGAGUUGGAUGUGCUCGCUUACACAGUCGAGGCAAGUCUUGGCGGUGGUUGCAAAAGACCAGAGCACGGGGAACCAGGUACAACGAUUUUUUCAACAAAGUUUAAUCUACCUUGCCAGAAUGGCCUUUAAUAUUGUGUGAUAGAAGAUGUGACAAGAAUAAGCUGUGAUUGUGAAGAUACAAAAUCUGGAUGUCACUACGACGAGAUGGCAGAUGGACACACUCACACUUUUCCUCAUUCUCAUCCAUUUUUCCAGACUUCGCGCGACAGAACGUACAUUUUACUGCAUCCGACUACGUCCGAAUGGGUGUGGAUCUUGCGCUUAACUUUUUGACGAGAAUACCCAAGCAGCAGAAGACCACUGGGCCUAAGCCAGUCGUUCGCAGACGCAUAAAGCAGAUGACUAGUUCGGGUGGUGUAGUGACUGAGGUAGACGGCGACGAGGAAGGAAACACCUCAGAAAACCAAACUAGUGGCAUCAAAGCCGCGGGUGGCAAAAAAAGUAAAGGAAGGAAAAUAUCGGGCAUUUUUUCCGGCGAACCUGCAGGUAGUGGUAGUGUGACUGCAACCGCUGAAGAUGCAAGUGGCAGCGCGAAUGCUGCUGGAGGUCUCUCAACACAACCAUUUUCGCAAAUCUUAGAUCCAGCUGCGUUUAUGGAUCCGACAGACGCCACGAAUAGUAAACAACACGCCGACCAUGGUAGCGCAAGUAUAAUUCCCGCAGUUACUAAGAACGCUCUAGUAGGUGGAGGUGCAGCCGUACCGACCAGUUCAGAACCGACUUCCGAAGUUGAACGUGCCGGGCCCAAUAGUGAAGUCGAAACGGUUGACCAAUCACUGGUGCUUAGCGGAGAAGAAGGAACGGGGGCGCGGCAGGAAAAAGGAACGUUUUUUGAUCCUCAGGAUCCCAAUAGUGAUUUGUAUCACGCCGCUCGCAAACCGUUCGAUGGACAUGCGUCUUUGGAUAGCAACGCUUCUGGUGGUGGGAUCUUCGGCGCCGCAAAUAUUUUAGGCCAAUCGUUACACUCAACAACGAUUCUGGAUACAAAAGUCUUAUCCGGUAUACUAGGUGGAGCAGGUGAUGAUCUUCAUAGAAAGGGCACCACCAGCCUCGACGCAAGCAUGAAGACGCUUCGAUUGCUGAACGAAGAUGAAGAGCAUGGAGGCCGAAGCCGAGCGCAAAGCGGCGGCCACGAGAUCGAGGAGGAUCAGCUUGACGGCUUCGCUGCCGCUGAGGCAGACAGUGCAACGAGUGAUGAGAAGCAGGUUUUCGUCAUGCCCGCAGAGGAAGUGGACUUUGAUUUCGGUCAACUAGAGGAGGAGCUCGGCCACGAGGUCGCGAACGUGCUAGGCAUGUCCACGCACUUGAGCGCCAGCGCAUCGGGCGGACCGGCCGGGUUGGGCCUCUCGGUUAGUGGUGCCGGCGCAUCGUGCACCGUGCCAGGCCAUGACUCCGAGUCGGACCCGGACGUACAAAGUGAACACGAGGAGGAAGACGAAUUUCUGAAUCGAAAGCGACAGCGCGAGGCUGAACAGGCAAAGCUAGCAGAGGAGCGCGCUCCACGUGGGGAAGCUUCAGGGAAAAAGCGAAAGCGCAAACGCAAAAAGCCACAGAUAGUGCGAGCCCGUUACAUGGAAGCCUACGAGCAGGGGCGGAAGCAGUCGGGCCAGCAAGUACGAUUACCCUCGCCCGCAGAGGUUGUUUUGGAACAAGGCGGUGAAGUCAUUUUUUCCGAUGGCCGAGUGGCACAACCUAGUAGAGGUGCAGCAACAGCGUCUUCGAAUUCCACAACAACCACACCAGGAGGAGUUAGCAAAGCCGGGGAUAGUGGAGACGCUUUGUCGGUGUCUACGACUUCGUCAGUGGCGACUAAGGUGGGCGCACCGUCAGCAACAGGAGCAGGAGGAGGACCUUCGGGAUCAGGAUCAGGACCUUCCGGGCUUUUCUCAGCGUCGACGGGUGUCUCGGGUGGUACGCCGGCCACACCAACGCCAGUGCCUAUCCGGACGUAUGAGCCUUCCCUUCGAGGGACUAUCGUUCUCGGCGGGUCGUCAGGCAGUCAAGGACGACCCUCGUUGGCGAAGCGACGUGGUGACACCAAGCGUGGCAAAGAUCCGACUCAUCAAGUCGUGCACCUCGUUCCAACGACACAGUCACUGACUGGUCCACAAGCACUGCAGCAAUCGGGAGGUCAUCUCGGUGCAGCAGGCCAAUUGAUCGGUUCGCAUCCUCCAGCUCUAGUGGAUACACACACUGGAACAUCCUCAUCGUCAUCAAGCAUCAAUAAGAUCGGCAAUUUCAGCGGGAACCAGCAGCAAAUCAUACCGACGCUGAGUCCGCCGCCGUUGCCACCGAGCGCAACGUUGCCGCCAAGCGCAGCAGCGACCACGCGAGGAUCCUCGUCUGGCCCCACCAGUGGUUAUGCCGCAUCAUCGGCAACCCCUCCAAGCAGUAAAUGGUCGUCCGCAGCCACAAUAAACGCUGCUGGUACAACGAGUAAAGGUUGGGGUCCGUUUUCAAUGACACCAGGAAAAACUAAGGCGGGGCCGUUACCUCUUGCGACGCUAGGCGUGGGCGUCGACCAGCUGACUGCUUCGUCCGCAUCUGGAGACAGCAAGGCCGGCCUUUCCCCCUCGAAGAUGAUCAUCAAUGGCAAAGCCGCAGGAACAAAACAACAGCAAGAGCCGGCUGAUGACGAGCUUCAGAUAACAAGGGAGCAGGUUGUCGCGACUGCGACUUCAGCUCUACUCAGUUCAGGAGAUGAGAGAGCUUUGCCAGAACGCGUGGUAUUCGGUGGUCUCGAUCCAGCGAAGUUACUGGACAUGCAGCAGCUUCGAAGCGCCGGCUUCGCACCGACCUUCGACUCUGAAAGCGGAUGCGACGUAGCCACGGAAACAGAUGCUGAGCGUGAUGCUCUGUUGAAGUCGAACUGCAGCGCUUCUUCGCGUGCAGAGACCGAUGUGGGCAAAGUGGCCAGUGCUGCGCUCUCAGCAGUUUCAUCAAGUUCAACUAACCCGGUGAGGCGCCAACGCAGCAGAACACCUGGAGAGCAAGUGGAACUGGACGUAAAUUCGGCAGCCGAAAUGGCAAUGAACCCUUUGAUGCGUGGAAGUGGAGAAGUAGAGACGCCUACAGGAAGCAGCAAAAAGCGGAUCUUGAUAGAACAAGAAGAAGAGAGCGAUGUCAGUCACAGUGUGGACAUGACUGCCUCCACUCGCCCAACAACAUCCUCAAGUUCCGCUUCUUCGUGCACUGCGGGAGAUCAACCACAACCCCAGGGUAUAAAUACCAGAGGUCUAGUCGCGAGAACCGCAAAACGGGCACAAGAGGAUACAUCAAACAAUAACUUCAUCUCCCUCGCGUUUUCCACGCCGGGUGAGAUUGAAGCUCAUCUUGCCUCCAAACAACGGAUUGGCAGUGGCAUCAUAACGCGUCCCACAUCAACGCGAAGGCGCAGUAGCAGCGGCGCGUCGUCCGUUGCCUCGUCAGGUGGCGGCGCUGCCUCUGCUGGGCCUUCAUCUGCAUCAUCGAGUUGUAGCGGCGCUACUUCCUCAACAACAACGCAACUGUUGGCCAAGCAGUUGCGCACGGUUGUUCCUGGGGACCCCUCAGCAGAGCGCAAGCAGCCCAAGAGUGGCACGCCGUUGCUCCUGAUCGAAAAUCACCGGCCUGAGCACAUCCACAGCAUGCAGAUGAGUGCCGGUGGGGGAGAGCUGCUCGGAGGGUCAACGGGGGCGGCUUCGAACUCCAUCAGCGACGCAGAGCAAGUACAUCAGCCCGGUGGCCGCGAUGCACUUCUUGAAAGCGGAGCUACUAGCGCGGCUGAAAGGGCAGCGGCUGCGAGUUCAUCGACUUCCGGCGAAGAAGGCGGCUACGGCACAGUGGGCCUAGACCGAAAGCAUUUUUUGUCCGUUCAUCAUGACCCCGGUCGUGGUGAGGCUGAUGGCGCAGGCGCUAAGGACGUAGUCGACCAAGCCUUGUCAAAGUUGAAUACUGCGAUGCAGGAUACUGCAGCGAACGCACAGAGCGGUAGUACCUCCAAAAUGUCUGGGUCAACAACAUCAAACGAAAAGAAAGACCACAUCAAAGAAAACAUCGAGCGGGUGCGAAAUUUUCCACUGCGACAGAAACAGUGUGCGAAUUUGAGUGCAGUAGCCUCGCAGUACGGAGGAUCGGAGAGCGUGAAUAAGGAUCCUGCGACGAGCAGUCCUAAAAGCAAAUAUGAAGGCAGAGAGUCAGCUAAUCCAAACCUUGUUGUGUAUCCCGCACCUGCAACGGAAGCCUCAAGUUCACAAACAGGCGAGAGGUGGCUCGCCUCGACUUCGUACGCCAACUCAGCCAAGCUUCCGUUUUCGCGUAGUAUUGGUGCGAAGCCCGCAGAGUGUGAAGGGCGUGUGGCUCCUGGAGACGCGGAAGGGAAAGGCGCCGCAACCACGGACAGCAUUGUGUAUGACGAGGGCGUAGUGGACGGCGGAUCUUUGAUGCUGCCUACCACAUCUUCAGCAGUUGCCGCCCAGCCUACGACAUCUGCCGCAACCGCCGCUCGUCCACUAACUUUGGGCGCCACUCCUUCACGUCCUCCUGGCAUCGUUGCUGGCCCUCGGCCAGUUUUGUUGCGACCCGAGCUCGUGCAUGCGGCACAGCCACAAGCGCCGAAGCAGCGGAUGUUCACUUCUGUGCAUGCACAGGCACGCAGUACGCAAGCCCUGAAUCUGCAGGAACGCGCAGGCGGUAGUCGCCCGAGCACCGCUGGAGCGACAUCUCAAGGAAAAGGAGCGAAGCGGCGCCCGAGCACAUCCGGGAACACUAAUUCACGUUCUAGCGGCCCACAACUUUUUGCACAGAGUGAAGAUUUUUCUCAGGCGGAGGAUGUCAUGGGCACCCCGUUGUUUCCAAUCGGAGCGGCAGCAGCACUAGACGUUGCCACCUUGCCCGGCGGCGCAAUGGGAAUUACCUCCCCCGUGCGACCUGUCAGCGCUGGUGCAACGGUAACCGCGGCUUCGUCCCGCGCAAAGACUGCAGCCGCAACUGUGGCUGCUGGUGCUGCAGCGCCCAUGAAUACGGUAGAACAGGGGAUGGAUGAAGAGGGAGGAUUGCAAAUUGUCAAUCUGAACGCUCGUACAGGACGCGCCGGGGCAGGUGCAAACGGAUCUUGGGCUACUCUCGACAGCUUUCUCGUGAAGCCGCCUACACCAGAUAGCACGUUGUCCUCCAGUAAUAGGGCCGCCAUGAUGGUUCUUGGGGCCGCUGGAGUAACCGGAAACGCGGUAGUGGGAGCCGCUGUUGGGAGCAGUCGUGGAGUGGGCACUUCUGCAUCACCAAGACGAACGGGGCGCGUCAAUCGUAUCAUUGCAGCUCGAAUCGACAGCCGAAGACAGCGUCAAAAAGAUGAUCAAAAGACACAACUUGAAGAAGAGGUUGUCGUGAUUGACCACGCCCCGGAAGCCGAACAACAUUUUGCUCCGAUGACAAACAAAAUUGACGUAAACCUAGGAGAAGAGGUUGUGUUGGAAAAGGGUCCUGCCGAAGACGCUGUUGUAGGUGAUGCCCUUCUAGUAGUUCUUCUUGGGGAAAACGUGAAAAAUCAAGAUUUUCAACCCGGAUCAACUGAAUUUCCGCCCGAGUCGAGUACUGCAGGAGGUCUAAUGCCAGGCGUCAAUAGCGUUGCUAGUAGUGUGCUUAUCGGUACGCAACAACCGGGCCUGAAGUUUUUGACGCUCGCGGGCCCGCCAGUGGAGCUUGGUCAAAAUGCUGGCGUGACUAAUCGUCCCGGGCACAAGAACAAAGGCCGACCGGGGAAGCAGACGGGGAGUGUGUGGGAGACGGAUAGCGUCAGUUCUCGACCGAAAUCCAACUCGCCGCAGAAGCAAGGAGCAUCCCCAAAGACCAGAAAGUCGCCUAACGCAUGGGCGGGAAAUAUGACUUCUCCGCAUUUACUAGUUCGUUCUGGACUGGGGGUCGAAGUGAUGAAGACCACACGCGAAUCGGCAGCAAGUGCUAAACACGCAGAAGAUGGUCGUGGUAGUUCGCCUCUGAAAACCAUGGCAACGACGCUGCCUGCAGGCUUCGUACCUCCUGUGACAACCAGCAGCAGCACCUCUGCUGUUGGUCGUACUUCGGAUUCCCAAGCCGCUUCACCUGUAAAAGUAGAGGAGGGGAAGGUAAACGGUAACGGGCCAGUCGCGCAAACUCUAGGUGUCCAGCCAGUUGCGAGUUCCAAGACUGGAGAUAGCGAGAGCGGUGUCGUCUUUUCAAUAACUGCAGAAAGUAGUGCUAGCACCGAACAACAGCAACAGCAAGCACAAAUAGAGCGGGAUGCCUCCGCACCUUCAACGGGUACCGAAGCUGCUGGCGUCGUCGUGAUGCAGCUGUCGGACGAUCAUGCCCUCGGCCUGAAUCUAGUUGCACCAGCUGAUAGCAAGUUUGGAAAGACGCCCUCGCCGAAGAAGAAGACACCAGGUGCAGGCUCUACCACGAUGACAAGAAAGUUUAACAUGACUGGAACCGCUGCCGUCUCCGGCGGCUCUUCUCCGUCCAAGAGGUCUCCAUCGAAAGGCGACGUGAACUCUGUGCGUCCGAGCACGUCGCCAACCAUAGGAGCCGUGGGCUUACUUAGCAGCCUGAAGGAAGAGGGCGGAACUGGCGAAAGUGGAGUUGAACAUGACGAAGAGCUCCGUCAGCCUGAAAUUUUCGGCAGCAUCAAGCAUCAUAUGCCAGCAAAAGGCGCGAAAGUUGAGAAGCUGGGCGAUGGUAUGUGGAUCGAGGAUACGAGUGUAAAUAUCACUACAACUACGUCUUCAAAAAAACUAUCAGCGCUGAGGUCGGUCGUGAACCUGAGUAACGCUGCGAGUGGCGCCAGACCGGUGACACCGAACAAUACAGGAGCUGUCGGAUCAAGAGCAUCUUCGUCCACACUAUCUCGACAACACCAGAAGGGAUUUUUGCCCUCACCGAAUACGCUUCGCACGACAACAUCGAGCAUAAUGCGAAAUCUCGGCGCCAGGGGAACGCCUAGCCUAGUACCGAAACGCGGGAAAGAGCAGACCUUCCAGGUAGCAAGCCUGCAGUCGGUUUCGAAGCUCGGGCAUUCGUCUUCUCUCGAGCUCAGUGAGGCUGAGCCGGUAUUUGGUGUCGUAGUAAGCAAGACGGGUAUACAUGCUUCUGCUAUUAAGAACGCGGCUCAACAGGAUGCAGCGGGCUCGCCAAUGCUUGCCGCGGACACGCAAGGCGCACUAGCUCUCUUGCGGGAAGCCUGUUCGCCGAAAAAGUUAGAGAUCAAGUCGAGCCCCGUAGCGGCAGCAUUAUCAGGGAAGAUCAGCGUGUCGGGCGCAGAGGUUACUUUUCCUGCGAUGAAAAAAAUGCUAGAUGACAUUGAACAAGCAGCACUGCCAAACGCAAGUGCAGCGGGGGUGGCGAGACCCAGCACGACUGGCCAAUCUCCCCGAGGCGUGUCAGGUCAUGGUAUGCUAACCAAAUCAUCACCAUCAGUCACGACGGGGGCCGUGCAAGCGGGUCUUGCAGCUUCGCCUCCCCCACCGCCAUUUUCGAAUGUCAAUGUAUCAUCCAGCCGUGGUGAGUCUCCUUUACCCGCGAGCGCUGUGUUAGAAGGAUCCGGGAUGGGCAUGCAACACGAUGCCAUCGCUAUGACGAGCAAAAUCGAAUGUAGACGAAAGGCUUCUCCAGCGAGCGAAAAGAACCACUUGGCAGUUGUUCGGAGCUUGCGUGACAGUCGACAUCCCUCGCCCAAUAAAUCCCCCGUAAAAACUACUUCUAGUGCAGCAUCUUCUAUCGGAGGAGCAUCUUCGAGUUCUGCGGCUCCAAGCGCAAGCGCUCCCGGCAGAAGUGCAACUUCCACAUCCGCAUCAUCGUCUAGUGCAAAAGCGCCGGCCACGGCAGGUGCCGGAGUCGCUGCCUCUGGAGAGUCCGCGGAGGCGUUUCUGAUAAAACCUACUGCCUCACUUCCCCCAGUCGAGCAGAAGACAUUUGGGAUAUACAGCAGUUACGGUCCCGGAGCCUCCAGCAGUGGUGCUGGCGCGACAGGAGAUGCGUCGUCAUCAUCGCCGAAGAAAAAGCAAGGAGGUUCUUCUGGAUCGGAAUCUGAGGCGUCCUCAGGCCCAAAUAAGGGGCUGGAAACAGAGGAAGCGUCUAUGUUCUUCAAUUUUGAAACUGAGCCUGAUGAAGCAAGUCAACAUUUGAAUACUAGCAGGUCAACGUCAAGAAAGAACGCUCCCGGCGGACGAGAAGACUCAAACGUUCUGGUCAUGCAAACAAAUUCCAUGAUUUUGGAGCCUGUUGUGGGCCGCGAAAAGAAUAAAGAUAUGGUAAGCGGUGCCACUGGUGCUGCAGUUGAUGUCGUCGCUUCUUCUUCGUCAAGCUCAAGUGGAGAAGAAAAUGAUUUUGAGCAGAAAACGAAAGACAACUAUGAAGCCCCAAAGGGACAAAGUGUAGCUGCUGCAGCCAGCAACGUGUCUUCCUCUCCGUCUCGAGGGACACCAGUAGGGCAAUUAGUCGGAGGGCAGAAGACCACGUCGUCGUCCUCACCCUCCACCUCCAAUCAGGUUCUUGCGUGGAUGAAGCAGAACAGACCAGGGACAUCGCCGCACGAGCGUGCCUCCCCUCGUUCCCGAGGCUCUCUAUCGCAGAGGCCCAACAGUAGCUCCGGUGCUGACGGUGGUUCUGGAUCACCAGCAUUGGGUAGUCGAGGUGGUGGUGCCUUGUCGCCCAAGAACAGCAAUCACCCUGCUGGCGCCGGUGGGUCGCCUUCACAGAGACAGCAAAUUCUAUUGCCAGGGUCUGGGAUGGAACUGGGUGACCGCAAGGCAGUAGACGCAAGUAGUUUGUCCCCGCAGGUGAGUGGCAGGCGAAGGCGCAGUCGCGGAAUGGCCGGCUUGCUCUACGUCCCCGACAGUGCUAUUGAGCAAGUAGGAACAGGAGGUGAAGUGGGUAUUUCGCCUGGCGGGAUGUCGCCUGGAGAGCCGUCUGUCGCGGAAGUAUUUGGACUGCAGCGUCUCGCCUCUGCACCGUUGCCGUCACCGCCACGCGGGAGCAACAAGAAGAAACAAGAACUUCUGGCUGCCAUGGGUAUCUGUAUCUCGCCUAAUUUAGAAGAACUAAUCGACGACGAUGAAGGCCUUAGUCCAUCAAGUAACGGUGGUGCCUCGUCGCCUCCGACGUCGUUGCCACGUAUUACGACUAGUACGCUAAACCCUCCACCUCCGCGGCCGCCGAGUGCCACCACCCGACACCUGAACAAUCCGACCGUCGUUGGCAGUGGCUCUGCGGUUGCCGAACAACGCAGUACUUUAACUUCUGCAGGCAUCUCGUCGACGUCCUUCGGAGGAAAUGGGCCAUGGGCUGGCACGUCGUCCGCUCGCGCUGCUGAAGGAAUGACAGUGUGUGAUCGGGAGGACCUGAAUGCACUCGCGAGGAUUCUGCGCAAUGACAACAACAUGAUCAUGGGUGCUCCUUUAACAUCCAGCAAUGUCAACAACUACAACAAUAAUACUAGUGGAGCUAAUCUUUCCUCAAGCACUUUUGACAAUGCGGAUGCGUCUUCCACGAUUGCGGGUUCUGUCCCAGCCUCUCCGGUGAAGCAGGUGUUCAAGUCCGUUGAGUUGAUGUCGACGAAUUUUACGGAAGUGAUCAGCCCAGGCCGCCGCGCAGGACGCAACGGCGAACAGCUUCAGCUUCUGGGACCCGCUGCCUCCCUGGGUAUGUUGCCCUCUCCCAGUCCUCCGAGACCUGUCACGGCGCCUGGAACAUCUGGCGCCUAUGCGAGUGGGCGUGCAGCUGGUUCUGGUGCAGUUGGGGGUUCUUUGGGUACCACGAAGCUUCCGCCUCCAAUACCAAAGCCUCCCGCGGCUCUAAAUCCCGACUUCGUGGAAUUUGGAGCCCGCGACUUCGAGGUGGCGCUUGGCGAAUCAAGCCCGGUCAAGGGCCGCGCAUCCUCGACAAAUCGCACGGGUGCGCAUAAUCCGCGCGGCGGACCGCCUCUGUUCUCUAACAGAGACCUCAAAUUGCUUUCGAGUACUGCUGGCGCGAUGUCAAAGAGUAAAGGCUUUGGUAGCGGAGGAAAAUCGUCAACAAGUAAGAGCGCAUCAUCGGGCACACCCACAGGAGCUGUAGCCUCAAAAAAGAGCAAAAGCGGGAAAAAAAAGAGUUCGUCCAGUGGUGGGACUACUAAGAGCCACAAAUCUUGAAGACAGACACCAUCUUGUUAUUUAUGAAUGUGGAUGAGGAUCGAUACGCUUAUUUAUUUACGAGCAGCGGCAGUCGCAGUCGCACGUAAUACCAGUUCGUUGUAUUUUCUACAUUAACAUUAUCCUUAAAUGAUUUCUUUUCAAAAGAACAUGAUGUGUUAAAUGUUCUUGCUCUAUCGAUUUCGACUUGUUAAGUACAUAAUGCUACUGGGCCUUCGAAAAGCAGAGGGGUGGUCUUCGCUGUAGCUGUACUGUUUUUUGUUUUAAGACCAAAAGUUCGUACUAAAUUAUAUAGCAAUAACUUACGCACCAGGCAAGCGAAAGCAGCGCAUUUGAGUCUGAGAUGUCGCAGGUGUAGGAGCGGAGCUGGAGGAGCUCCUACUGGUCUGUGCGCAUGCUGCUACGUUUCUAAUCAAUACUUUCGACUAUAAUAGUUAUAGUAUUACGGACGACUCCAUUAUUACAACUCAUCUUCUUCUUCAAAUUACUACCAAUGCUGUAUCGUGUAUAGUUUCGCAUGUUCUUUUUCCUUCUCGUUAUAGUUUCGCUUGUUGUUGUUGUGGUUGUCUACAUUAUGAUUUGAGUACUUUGAAGAAAACAAGUUGUAGAGUUUAAGCCUUGAAUUUCCGUUUUUUUUUGUGUACGAUAAUGAAGCAAGAUGCUUAUCCACGAGCAUGACUUCCUCCUGUAAUCAUGCUAAGAGAACUCUGGUAGCUGAUGUCACUGGUCGAAGACUUACUUCAAAUUCUUGGUUGAUGGUGUUGAUGUUUAUGAAGUUCUUAUAUUAUAUAUAUAACUAGCCUCCACAAGCUUCGCCCGGCUUCAAGUUAGUUUAGCACUUUUCUGCGGCCUCCCACGGGCUACAGCCGCUAGAGUAGAGACAGCCGGCGGGUGAGCUGAUGCACCUUACGAAUUGACUACGACAAGAGCCGAGUGCCGGCGGUGGCCGNAUGGCGGGGAGUUUUAUGGCGGGGAGUUUUAUGGCGGGGAGUUUUAUGGCGGGGAGUUUUAUGGCGGGGAGUUUUAUGGCGGGGAGUUUUAUGGCGGGGAGUUUUAUGGCGGGGAGUUUUAUGGCGGGGAGUUUUAUGGCGGGGAGUUUUAUGGCGGGGAGUUUUAUGGCGGGGAGUUUUAUGGCGGGGAGUUUUAUGGCGGGGAGUUUUAUGGCGGGGAGUUUUAUGGCGGGGAGUUUUAUGGCGGGGAGUUUUAUGGCGGGGAGUUUUAUGGCGGGGAGUUUUAUGGCGGGGAGUUUUAUGGCGGGGAGUUUUAUGGCGGGGAGUUUUAUGGCGGGGAGUUUUAUGGCGGGGAGUUUUAUGGCGGGGAGUUUUAUGGCGGGGAGUUUUAUGGCGGGGAGUUUUAUGGCGGGGAGUUUUAUGGCGGGGAGUUUUAUGGCGGGGAGUUUUAUGGCGGGGAGUUUUAUGGCGGGGAGUUUUAUGGCGGGGAGUUUUAUGGCGGGGAGUUUUAUGGCGGGGAGUUUUAUGGCGGGGAGUUUUAUGGCGGGGAGUUUUAUGGCGGGGAGUUUUAUGGCGGGGAGUUUUAUGGCGGGGAGUUUUAUGGCGGGGAGUUUUAUGGCGGGGAGUUUUAUGGCGGGGAGUUUUAUGGCGGGGAGUUUUAUGGCGGGGAGUUUUAUGGCGGGGAGUUUUAUGGCGGGGAGUUUUAUGGCGGGGAGUUUUAUGGCGGGGAGUUUUAUGGCGGGGAGUUUUAUGGCGGGGAGUUUUAUGGCGGGGAGUUUUAUGGCGGGGAGUUUUAUGGCGGGGAGUUUUAUGGCGGGGAGUUUUAUGGCGGGGAGUUUUAUGGCGGGGAGUUUUAUGGCGGGGAGUUUUAUGGCGGGGAGUUUUAUGGCGGGGAGUUUUAUGGCGGGGAGUUUUAUGGCGGGGAGUUUUAUGGCGGGGAGUUUUAUGGCGGGGAGUUUUAUGGCGGGGAGUUUUAUGGCGGGGAGUUUUAUGGCGGGGAGUUUUAUGGCGGGGAGUUUUAUGGCGGGGAGUUUUAUGGCGGGGAGUUUUAUGGCGGGGAGUUUUAUGGCGGGGAGUUUUAUGGCGGGGAGUUUUAUGGCGGGGAGUUUUAUGGCGGGGAGUUUUAUGGCGGGGAGUUUUAUGGCGGGGAGUUUUAUGGCGGGGAGUUUUAUGGCGGGGAGUUUUAUGGCGGGGAGUUUUAUGGCGGGGAGUUUUAUGGCGGGGAGUUUUAUGGCGGGGAGUUUUAUGGCGGGGAGUUUUAUGGCGGGGAGUUUUAUGGCGGGGAGUUUUAUGGCGGGGAGUUUUAUGGCGGGGAGUUUUAUGGCGGGGAGUUUUAUGGCGGGGAGUUUUAUGGCGGGGAGUUUUAUGGCGGGGAGUUUUAUGGCGGGGAGUUUUAUGGCGGGGAGUUUUAUGGCGGGGAGUUUUAUGGCGGGGAGUUUUAUGGCGGGGAGUUUUAUGGCGGGGAGUUUUAUGGCGGGGAGUUUUAUGGCGGGGAGUUUUAUGGCGGGGAGUUUUAUGGCGGGGAGUUUUAUGGCGGGGAGUUUUAUGGCGGGGAGUUUUAUGGCGGGGAGUUUUAUGGCGGGGAGUUUUAUGGCGGGGAGUUUUAUGGCGGGGAGUUUUAUGGCGGGGAGUUUUAUGGCGGGGAGUUUUAUGGCGGGGAGUUUUAUGGCGGGGAGUUUUAUGGCGGGGAGUUUUAUGGCGGGGAGUUUUAUGGCGGGGAGUUUUAUGGCGGGGAGUUUUAUGGCGGGGAGUUUUAUGGCGGGGAGUUUUAUGGCGGGGAGUUUUAUGGCGGGGAGUUUUAUGGCGGGGAGUUUUAUGGCGGGGAGUUUUAUGGCGGGGAGUUUUAUGGCGGGGAGUUUUAUGGCGGGGAGUUUUAUGGCGGGGAGUUUUAUGGCGGGGAGUUUUAUGGCGGGGAGUUUUAUGGCGGGGAGUUUUAUGGCGGGGAGUUUUAUGGCGGGGAGUUUUAUGGCGGGGAGUUUUAUGGCGGGGAGUUUUAUGGCGGGGAGUUUUAUGGCGGGGAGUUUUAUGGCGGGGAGUUUUAUGGCGGGGAGUUUUAUGGCGGGGAGUUUUAUGGCGGGGAGUUUUAUGGCGGGGAGUUUUAUGGCGGGGAGUUUUAUGGCGGGGAGUUUUAUGGCGGGGAGUUUUAUGGCGGGGAGUUUUAUGGCGGGGAGUUUUAUGGCGGGGAGUUUUAUGGCGGGGAGUUUUAUGGCGGGGAGUUUUAUGGCGGGGAGUUUUAUGGCGGGGAGUUUUAUGGCGGGGAGUUUUAUGGCGGGGAGUUUUAUGGCGGGGAGUUUUAUGGCGGGGAGUUUUAUGGCGGGGAGUUUUAUGGCGGGGAGUUUUAUGGCGGGGAGUUUUAUGGCGGGGAGUUUUAUGGCGGGGAGUUUUAUGGCGGGGAGUUUUAUGGCGGGGAGUUUUAUGGCGGGGAGUUUUAUGGCGGGGAGUUUUAUGGCGGGGAGUUUUAUGGCGGGGAGUUUUAUGGCGGGGAGUUUUAUGGCGGGGAGUUUUAUGGCGGGGAGUUUUAUGGCGGGGAGUUUUAUGGCGGGGAGUUUUAUGGCGGGGAGUUUUAUGGCGGGGAGUUUUAUGGCGGGGAGUUUUAUGGCGGGGAGUUUUAUGGCGGCGAUCAAUGGCGAGAUUAAUAAUAUAGCUUAAUAGUAUAGAUUAAUAAUAUAGAUUUUUUUUUUGUUAUGUUUUUUAUCUAUCAACUUAUAAUAAUUUCGUCUCCGUCUGGCUGUGGGUUAUUUGACAACUAGACUAACACAGAGGUAGUAACAUUGUAGAUAUAGGUCGGAGCUGUAAGUCAUAGAGGAAAAAUAUCGAUUCUGUCCGAAAUACAGAGCGUCAGAUAUUUCAGGGAGUCUACAAUAAUGAGUUCUGCUCUUUUGCACCGAAGAACGUAGUUCAACGAUUACGGAGUAAAAAUUGCAAGUAGAAUGCCGGGAAGUUGAUAUUUAAUCCACGACUUACUUCUCCCUGUAACAUUGUUACAACAUGAACAUCAACAAUGAUUCUGAUGUUGAUAGCUGUGGCAAUCCACGAUCAAUCUACCUUGACAAAGAAGACCCACAAUCACAAAGAAGACCCCACGGAGAAUCAAUUGCAGGACUUACCUUUUUUCCCGGUCCUACUAGAUCUGCGAUAAAUCCUUCAGUAAACUGAAGCAACGUGCACCACGAUCAACCACGAAGAGAAGC